AUGAUGCAGAUCAGCUCCACCAUACCGGCACACAACCUUCACAUGUUCCAAACAAGACGCGCCAGUUUCCGAUGCCGUGCCUCCCCCCUCAACCCUGCUUCCACCAACCCACUCCCAACCAACUCUUCUCCUCAGUCCGCCAAACCGCUCACCUCCACCGACUCCACGCGCUUGCACCUCUCAAACCUCGACAAGUUACUCCACAAGCAAUCACCGACUCAACUCAACCACCCACCACCACAGCAUCAGGAACAACUCGCAAUUCAAAGCACCAACCACAAGUCAGCGCCAGCAGUGGAGAAGAAGGGAAAGAAUAUUCUGGAAGGCCUCAACCUGGCCCGUCUCUGGCCGGACAUGAAAGCCACUGAGGAAAUGUCGCCGCGCCACCUCAACCGCCUCCAGCGGCUGCUCUCCAAGACGGCGGAGUACUCCCCGCGGAACAUCCUCGGCAGCCGGUGGAGAGAGUACCACGGCAGCGACGACUGGAAAGGCAUGCUGGACCCUCUGGAUGAAAAUCUCCGGCGAGAGGUGGUGCGCUACGGCGAGUUCGUGCAAGCCGCGUACCAUUCCUUCCACUCCAACCCUGCCAUGUCAGCAGAGGAGCCACCCCUCCCGCGCCACAUGGUCCUACCCGACAGAUCCUACAGGGUCACCAAAUCCCUCUACGCCACGUCAUCAAUCGGGUUACCCAAAUGGGUGGACGACGUCGCCCCGGAUCUGGGCUGGAUGACCCAGCGCUCGAGCUGGGUCGGGUUCGUGGCGGUUUGCGACGACAGGAGAGAGAUUGCGCGUUUAGGGAGGCGAGAUAUCGUCAUCUCCCUCCGUGGAACCGCGACGUGUCUGGAGUGGGCCGAGAACAUGAGAGCCCAAUUGAUAAACAUAUCCGAAGAAACGGGUGAAGGGAAGCCCAAGGGCGAGCCCAAAGUGGAGUGCGGGUUUUUGAGCCUAUAUAAAACGAGAGGCACCCACGUGCCUAGUUUGGCGGAAUCGGUGAUCGAGGAGGUGAAGCGGUUGAUGGAGCUCUACAAAGGGGAAACACUAAGCAUUACAAUCACUGGACAUAGUUUAGGUGCAGCACUGGCUCUAUUAGUGGCCGAUGACGUGAGCGCAGCAAGCGGUGACGUGGCACCAGUGGCUGUUUUUUCGUUUGGUGGGCCGAGGGUGGGUAACAAGGCCUUUGGAGAGAAAAUGACGGCCCAAAACGUGAAAGUGCUGCGAAUCGUGAAUUCGCAGGAUGUGAUAACGAGGGUUCCUGGGAUUUUUGUGAGUGAAGAGGUUGAAAAGAAACUGAGAAGCUCAAAGGUUGGGGGUGUACUGAAUAUGGUGGACGAGUACACGCACAUGGGAACAGAACUGCGGGUGGAGACGAAGAUGUCGCCGUAUUUGAAGCCGGAUGCUGACAUGGCAUGCUGUCAUGACUUGGAGGCUUACCUGCACCUUGUAGAUGGGUUUUUGGCUUCGAAUUGUCCUUUUAGAGCGAAUGCAAAGAGAAGCUUGGCUAGGUUAAUGCAGGAUCAGGGUGGCAAUGUAAAAAAAUUGUAUACCAGCAAGGCUAAGGCCUUGACUGUCAACCUUGAACGACAGGGAUCUUUCUCUAUCUCUGGUUGUUUGCCUAGUCCCUCCUAA